GUGCAGCAGCAAGAGGAGGAGGAGAAACCACUGACUUCAUCAAAUCCAGUGCUGGAACUGGAACUGGCAGAAGAAAAGUUGCCAAUGACCCUUUCCAGGCAGGAGGUUAUCAGGAGGUUACGAGAGCGAGGUGAACCGAUCAGGCUCUUUGGAGAGACAGAUUAUGAUGCAUUUCAACGCCUGAGGAAGAUAGAAAUUCUGGCCCCUGAAGUGAACAAGGGCCUGAGAAAUGACCUGAAGGCUGCUUUGGAUAAGAUUGACCAGCAGUAUCUGAACGAAAUUGUAGGCGGCCAAGAAGCAGGAGAUGAUGACUCACAGAAUGACUUGAAAGUCCAUGAGGAGAAUACGACUAUUGAAGAACUAGAAGCUUUGGGAGAAUCCUUAGGACGGGGUGAUGAUCACUACGAUAUGGACAUUAUAACGAAGUUCUUGAAGUUUCUUCUCGGAGUUUGGGCCAAGGAGCUGAACGCCAGAGAAGACUACGUGAAACGGGGAGUACAGGGGAAGCUGAAUAGCGCCACUCAAAAGCAGACAGAGUCGUACCUGAGGCCGCUCUUCAGAAAACUUCGGAAAAGGACACUUCCUGCAGACAUCAAAGAAUCAAUAACAGAUAUUAUUAAGUUCAUGUUGCAAAGAGAAUAUGUGAAGGCGAACGACGCCUACCUUCAGAUGGCGAUUGGGAACGCCCCCUGGCCCAUCGGGGUCACUAUGGUUGGCAUCCACGCUCGAACGGGCCGCGAAAAGAUUUUCUCCAAGCACGUCGCCCACGUUCUCAACGAUGAAACUCAACGGAAGUACAUUCAGGGGCUGAAGAGGCUCAUGACCAUUUGCCAGAAGCACUUCCCAACAGACCCGUCCAAAUGUGUGGAGUACAACGCGUUGUGAGGCUCCGCAGCGUCCAAGGCGUGACUCACGUUUUGAUCUCCAGCACCCAGAGAGGACUGAGGAGACAGAGGUGGUGCUUGAGCACCAGCAGGAGCCUGGGGUGGGCUUUACGAAAGCAUAAAGCAGCAGAUUUUCUACAGCUUCCUUUUUACAAGCCCCACUCGUUCAGAUUUCUUCUUAAAUCUGUGCUUUACGCCGGACACAUCCAAUAUGCAGCGGCGGG